AUGCAAAAUUUUCAUUAUCAAUCCUGCAAUAUAGCGGAACACGAAGAAGAAUUCUUGAAUAUGGUUUGCAUUGACGAAAAAUGCAAUAAACAUCAGCUUUUAUGUGUCUAUUGUAUGGAGGAACAUUAAUCUUGCAUUAAACAUCCUGUUAAAAAAUUUCUGAGGGACUUCAAAUCACAGCUUCACUCUUAGAAUGCGGAAUUGAGUCCUAAAAUAGAUGAUCUUAUUGCUUUUUAUGAUUAAAUUAAGAUUACGAUGGAACAAGCAUAAAAAUAAUUGAAUGAAAUGUUCGAGAAAUCUAAAUAAACUAUACUCGACACUAAAAAAAUGAUUGGAUAAUUUUCUUAGCAAGAGACCGCCAAAUCAGUAUAAAUGCAGAAAUUAAAAGAAUUUGAAUCAACUUCGAAUUAAGAGAACUUCUUUUAACUUCUCACUGAAAUCGAAAGCUUUAAACCCAAUCCUGAUCGAUUUUCCUUCUCAAUCAAAAAGAUUCAAGGACAUCAAAUUGACCUUAUAUAAGAAAGAAUUGCAAAUGGCAAGAUCCAUUCACAACAAUACCAAACCGCCAUUACCAAUUUUGUUGAAUCAUUUGUAAAUCAACACGAAGCACUCAAGAAAAACCUACAGAAUUACUUUUUGAAUGCACCCAAAAGACCUUUUGAACAAGAGUCAAAUGAAGGAAAACAAUCUAAACAAUCAAACCCCCUCUCUCUAAUUCAACAACCCUCUCUUGAUGUCUAGGACAAAUCAAUAAUUGCAAUCGAUGAUGACUUAGAGGAAAUCGAAAAAAACAAUAGAAAUAAUGAGAAUUCUAAUAAUAAAAUUAAAAAACAAAAUAAUAACAAUAAUAAUACUAUUACUAAUAAUAAUCAGAAUAAUGUCCAAAAUAAUACUCCACUCAAUUUGAAUAAUCUAGGCCAUCAAAAUAAUUAUCAAAAAACAUAAGAUUCCCAAAUAUCAAUUACCGAUAUCCUAGACAGUAAUAGUUCCAAGAAGUAGACCAUCUAGGAUAACAAAUCCAAUUAUACAAGCAAUCUUAAAUAACAAUCCUAUAAUAAUAAAACCAAAUAAGCACCUCCUCAACCUCUGUCGUAAACUACUCCCUACUAAAAAUAACCAGCAUCUAAUGGCUCCAUCCCCAUUCCUCCAAAAUAGGCUCCUCUUCCUUUAUAACAAUCUCCACUCAAAGAUGCCUUCUAAGAGGACAAUCAAGGAGAAGUGGAGACCGUUCUGAAUGUUUCUCAGGAUCACAACUUCUAACUUGUGUAAAAUGGAAAAGAGAUCACUAAAUUAUUGAUUUUAAGUAAAACCGUAGUGGCAGGAUGCGGUGGAAAUCUAUUUUAAGGAUUUGAUAUUUCGACCUGUCAAAAAUUAUUUACACUAAAUGUUGACUCAGACAUAACUGAUGUUGCAUAUUUGGAAACCGAUGACUGCAAUGGAACCCUAUAUUUGGCCACCAAAAAAGGCAAAAUAGAAACCUUCAUUAGAGAAUCAAAUAGCGAGAAUCCAUUCACAUUUAGAUCCAAUUCAUCACAAAUCGUUGACAAAUACGGCAAUUUGCUUAUCUAAAUUAAUCAAUAGGAGAAGUAACUUGUAACUCUGGGAGAGGAGAAAAUCAUAAGGAUCUUGCCAGUGAAGACUUUAAGAGAGUCAAAGAGAUGCGAAAUUUAGGAAGUUGGAACAGCACUUCAUGUUGAUUCAAAAUAUGUUUAUGUUGGUGGCAACAAAUUUUUAUUCAUUUGGGACUCAGCAACAUAGGCCAAGAAGAAAAUCUAAAUGUCAGAUAUAAAUUUAAAGGUGAUAUCUAUUCAAACAUAUGAAAAUAAAUUAGUGGUGGGAUUGUAGGACAAAAUUAAAAUAUUUGAAAGGAAAACCAAUGAUGAUUACCAACUCAUACAUGAAUAAGCAUUUGGAGACAUUAGUUCCAUGCAUAUCCUUAAACAAUGGCCAAUUGUCCUCAUUUCAUGUACUUAGCAAUUACAAUAGAAAAUCUGUCUUUACAAUUAUGAGCAGGAUUCUUCAGAGAAAUUACAUGACUAAAAGGCUACUAGUUGUGUUGUCAGAGAAUUUGAUAAAGUUUACCACGUUGCAUUUGGUUAGGAGAAGGGAUAGUGCAUCAUCUAUAAAAUUGAAUAAACUUAAUAGCAACAAUCAUAAUGAUUUUAUUAAUAAUCCAAAUAAUAUUAUUUAACUAUAUUA